UCUCCCGCUGCGGCCCCCUCGCUGCCCCCCAGACAUGGUCGGUCACCUCCAGCUGCAAGGGAUGGACGAGAGCCUCAAGGAGAAGAGCCGGGAAGGCUUGUUGGACAGCCCGGACUCGGGGCUGCCCCCCAGCCCCAGCCCCCCUUUCUACUCCCUCUCACCCAGCGGCGGUGGCAGCGCAGACCCUCCGGGGCAGCGGCGAGAGGCCAAGGAUGGCAAAGUGAUGCCUUACCUGCUCCUGAACCCAUCCAUGACAGAGAUGAGGCCUCGAAUGUAUCCUGUGUUUUUUGGAGAAAGCAUUGAGGUCAGCCCUGAGCCCAUGCAGGAAAUUAGGUGCAACUCGGAGGUGAAGUAUGACUCCGAGAAGCACUACCGGGAUGACAUCUUCUACAGCCCCAUCCCCACUGUCACCACCUACAGCGAGACGGUCAUCGCCGCCCCCAAUUGCACCUGGCGGAACUACAAGUCCCAGCUGAUUUUCGAGCCUCGCCAAAAGCCGCUGAGGUUCCAGAGCACGACCAUAAUUUUUCCUAAACGCGCCAAGAACAUUUACAGGACCACCCUCAACUACAGCUUAGGCUCUGCCAAACGCUGGUUUGCUUCCAGUGUGCAGCUGGAACUGUGCGAGGAAACCAGCCCCUGCGUCAUGUACAGCGAGACCCUCUGAUCCACGCUGCUGCUGGCGACUUGGUGACCUCGAGGACACUGUGGCCUUUGCUGGGUUUCUGGCUGGGCCCUUACUGGUGGCAACUGAGUAUUAGUGGCUAGAGAACGUGUCAUCUUGGGUGAGGCUGGACUGCCUGGGAGGAGGCUUGCAGGACAUGGGAUGGUUUUGAUCAGUGGCAGGCUGGCUUGCAUUUUACGAUGUUCCUGACAUUUGU